UAGCCCGCUCUCUCUCUCUCUCACACACACACACACACACACGCACACACACUGCGCCUCUGUCCUGGUGCGUGCGACCAGCGUGCCGGACUGGGAUACACGCUCAAGAGGAGAACUUUUUCUUUCUCCGCUGUCAUUAUUUUUGUUUAUUUUGGAGGUGGACACCCGGCAGGACGAGCGCGUUUUCUCUCCAGGAGCGCGCAGUGGCACACGCUGGAACAAAAACAGCUCAGUGCAGCGAGUGCAGCGCAGGCAGGUUUCCCUUUUAAAAGCAGCAGGAGAGGCAGGAGAGUUGCGGAGUCCGCGGGGAAGCGGUGUCGGCGCACGAGAAACACGGACACGGCCGGGAUACUGAGGCGAGAUCGGCGGCGGAACUUGGAUAUGGCGGGUGUGAAGACGUUCGACCUUCUCGUUGGAGUUGUUUUAGUUUUGCAGUGUGCGAGGAAUGCCCAAGCCGAGACCACAGCCAGUAACGGGGUCUCUUACACAUACGUGCAGGGGCAGGCAGGAGAUGAGGACACAGCAGAGGAUGUGAAGCUGUACAGUCACCGGUGGAGGAGAUGGCUUCCCCCGAAACCUCGUAACAUGGACAGUAACAGGGCCAGUCAGGAGCAGGACCAGGAUCCUGUGCAGGAGGAGCCCGAGGGCUUCCCAGGCCUGCUGUCUGCAGAGGACGCAGACAACACCUCCCAGAUAGAGGAGGAUACAGAUCAUGACUACUACACUUCAAAAACAUACAGCCCGUCGGAUCCGAUGAGUAAGGACUUGUGGGUAAAUAUCAACCAGAUGGAGAAGGACAAAGUGAAGAUUCAUGGGAUUCUGUCCAACACACACAGACAAGCAGCGAGAGUUAAUCUGUCCUUCGAUUUCCCUUUUUAUGGACAUUUCCUGCGUGAAAUCACCGUGGCGACUGGUGGUUUCAUCUACACUGGUGACGUGGUCCACCGAAUGCUAACAGCUACACAGUACAUCGCUCCUCUCAUGGCAAACUUUGACCCCAGUGUCUCCAGAAACUCCACCGUCAUCUACUUUGACAACGGUACUGCUCUGGUGGUGCAGUGGGACCAUGUCCACCUACAGGACAACUACAACCUGGGAAGCUUCACCUUCCAGGCAACGCUGCACAACACCGGCAGGAUUGUUUUUGCAUACAAAGAGAUCCCCGUCGAGGUGUCACAGAUCAGCUCUGUCAAUCACCCGGUGAAGGUGGGCCUGUCUGAUGCCUUUGUGGUGGUCCACAAGAUCCAACAGAUACCCAAUGUGAGGCGGAGGACCAUCUACGAGUACCACCGCGUGGAGCUGACGAAGACGAAGAUCACCAAUUCUACAGCUGUGGAAAUAAUGCCUUUACCCACCUGUCUCCAGUUCACCAGCUGUAGCGCAUGCAUCUCCUCACAGAUCAACUUCAACUGUAGCUGGUGCCAUCGGCUCAACAGGUGUUCUAGUGGCUUUGACCGCCAUCGGCAGGACUGGGUGGACAACAGCUGCCCAGAUGAGACUAAGGACAAGAUGUGUGACAUCAUCGACACCACAUAUCUCUACCCCUUCACCACCACGGUUGUUGCCAAAACAACAUCCAGGAACAAAGAAUCCACUGCGGACAGGGACACACCCUCCACCUCCCACCCUCCCACCAGCGUCCCCACUGAAGAUGAUACCAAGAUCGCCCUGCAUCUCCGAGACAACCAGGUGAUGCCUGCAGACAGUGCUGUAGACAGGAUGCCAGGUACACACCCUCUGCACAUUGGUCUGAUCCUCGGCAUCCUCCUGGUGAUGCUCAUCAUGGUCGCCGGUGUGCUGGUCACCGUGUACGUCUACCAUCACCCGACCUCCGCAGCCAGCCUCUUCCUUAUUGAGAGACGCCCAAGCAGGUGGCCAGCCAUGAAGUUUCGCCGGGGUUCGGGUCACCCGGCCUAUGCAGAGGUGGAGCCGGUGGGCCAGGAGAAGGAGGGCUUCAUCGAGUCCGAGCAGUGCUGAGUUAGGAGGGGGCGCCUGCAUCCCUGCAGCCCCCCUCCUGUACCUGCCCUCCUCCCUCCUGCUCCACAGGAACCUCUCACCAGGAACCUCCAGGAUCUGCUUAUCGGCAGAGGAGCUCAGUGUACACAAUGACUCGUUAAGACUGCGGAAUCGGCCCCUUGAGCGCGACAUGAGACUGGAUAGAGCAGCCAACGACAUGAGGAAGUGAGAAAACCCUGAAAACUGAUCCAAGACUUGAACCCAUUGUUCAGCUCCUGUUGCCAAGGAACUGAUCUAUUGGGGACAAAGGGAGGGGACAGCAUUGAUGUCAUCGACUCAGUCAGCAUUGGUAUAGUUUUGUACGGCUGCUAUCAUGUUGCCGUGGAGGGAUUGUACAGCCUGACUGCCUAGACUGGAUACUGGUGCGUCUGAGGGGCUGAAUUAUACAAUAUAUAUUUUCAGAAACAACAGAGUAUGUGAACAGAGAUUUUCACUUUAUUGUCGGUGGGGUUAUACUGUAUAGGCCUUUGUAUAUCCAUCAGGUUUUUACUUCUUUUUCUUUCAGUAUGUUGUUUUCACAGGGGUUGGCACAUUUAUCUGUAUAGACCGUUGGUAUUGCUCUUCAGUACCAUAGCAGGCUUGAUUGACUUUUCCACUGGCCGCUCUGCACAGAGUGGCUGCAGCUGUGCGUCGUGACGCGAGCUGAACUCCUGUCACUGCGAUUGAUCGCAGUUCAGAGAAAAAGCUCUGAACUUUCAGCUUUGCUGUUGAAUUAGUUUGUGACGUUUGGCUGGGUUCAUUUUCUGAAAAUGAGGUGUAAGAUGGUUUUUGUUCACUUUAUUUUUAAUGGGUGAUGGCCACACUGUUAUCCUUCUCAUUCUUUUGAUUGGUUCUUUGAUUGAUUCCUUACAUCAUUGAUACCAUUUUAUGUUUUGGGGGUUUUUUUUGUUUUGUUUUUUUGCCUUGCCAUUUUGUCCCUGACUAGAGUUUGCACAAUUUGUUUCCCAUGCACAUUUUAUUUGCUCAUUUGACAUGUGGUACUAAUGCAAAAUGACAAGACAGGCGCUUGUGAGUGUGUAUGCUGAAUAUAUUUUCUAAAGUGUAAGUGAUUCUGUGUGUGUGUAUAUUUGUGUGAAUGCAAAAGAGAGCAGUUUACAGUAGUGAUUGGAUAUUCACCUGCUUUAUGGGUGCAUAUGUUUGAGCUGGCUCUGCACAGUGAUUCUUAUUGAUUUGAAUCUGAGGUAUCUGGAUACAGUUUGUGUGAGCCAGAAAACACACUGGUAUGGUUGGAGUUUUCCUUUAUUUUACAGUGUGGUUUCCUUUUCCAGUAUAUGCCAGUACCAUUGGCUACUCUGUGUUUAUUGGCUCAUUCAUGUCAACACAUUAAUGUAUAUACCAAGGCCAAAACAUUUGCAGAUUCAGGUAACUCAUGGCAAACAUUUGUAGUAUAGCAGUAUAGUACAAAAAACUUUUUUUAUUUUUUAUGAGUGGCCUUUUUUUCUCUACUUUUUUACUUAAAUGUGAAUACUGUUCCAGUCAUAACUGUCACUGAUCAAUACACAAGGCUUCUAACUGAAAACAUCCAAACACUCAUUUCUACUGUUAGAUAUUACUUCAAGACAAAAUCAUGUUUUUACACCAAUGAUUGUAGACGCAUUUUAGAGACAUAAUCAAUAUCCUGGAAUUCUACUGAAAAAUAAAACGUGCAAUAUUACACCCAUUCAGUUUGACACUGAAAAUACAUUAAAAUAACAAUCAUCUGGAUUUUCUUAUUUCACACCUUGUCGUCAUCACAUUGAGACCAAAGACUAAUCAGCAUCUGAGUGAGCUAUAUCUCCAAGUAUGUACCUCAACCUGCCCACAGCCUCAGCAGCCAUACCACCUUCCUGAACAUACCAGUUUAGUUGUAGCUGAAGUGGUUAACUGGUUAGUAAACAGCCAUUUAUAAUAUAAAACUGCAAUACAACUGAUCUCUCUAAACCCCUCCCCCUAGUGGCGAUUGUACAAUCGUAGCUGAGCAACCGUAACUAGGCACAAUGUCAAAAUUUUGAUUUGUUGAAGGGUAACAUUACAUGGGACUGUAGUCAGAGAGAUACACACCAUUUAAAUGGUAGCCGGGUGGUGUCUCUUUAUUUAGCCUUUCCAAAGACAAAAAUACAGGAGCAACAGUGUAACGAAUGGAUUUAUCAGUGUAUUUAUCUGCCUUUUCAUAACCUGAAAACGUUGGCAUGUCCGGCUAACUAGCUUACUUCCUACAGUAGUAACCAGCCUACUUAUAAGGCCAAGAGGCGCGGUAUUAGGCUAAUGAUUCAAAACAAAGAUGGCACUUCGCCGACAACAUACUAGGAAAGAGUAGGAAACUUGGGAAACGGGUUAAAAAUCGUAUUUAUUGCACCAUAGACAUUUUUUAAAAUCCAUAUGGCUAUAUGAGUUUCGGAGGAUUCUGAUAAUACUGGUAAGUUAACGACCUGAUUUUUUUUGUUCAAACAUUGCACGUCUAUUAUCUGUUAGAGAAACCAUGUUUACUCUGUGGUGUUAUGCUAAUACAGGUGAGGCUCAAAAUUUGGCUAACAUCACCCGAGAUAGUGUUAUGUUCGGUUAAUCCUCAUCGUAAAAGUCUUUUCUCUCGUCACGUUAAAUAUGCCAAGCUAUUGGCAAGCUAAAUAAAAUGGUGUUUCUCCAUCACAACAGUUAGUUUGGCUCUAACUGGGACAAAUUUAGCUUUUAUUCAUUCAGUGUUAUAAAUAAGGUGUGUAUCCAUCAUGUGUACAUACAUAUUUAUGGCCACUUUUACAAGAUUCGUAUUUUAAAACACAUUUAAAAGUCAGACAGAGACAGUGUUUUCAACUAGCUAAUGAGGCGUUAUGCUAACGUUAGCUUCAUUAACUCGCUAGCUGCAGCUGACAAAGCCUGCCAGCCACAGCUGUCAUAUGGCUGCAAAUGAAAAACCAGAUUUUGAUUACCACUGCCUGAAGUCAAUGAUGUAUUGCUGAAGAAAUAACGUAAUUUCGAUGUUAAAUCUGCCACUUUAUCAUUGUGAACUGAACAGUUUAAAACGUAGUUAAGCGGCCUUAGCAACAGUAACUAUGGGGGCGGGGCUUAGCCGAGGACUGAUAUCGCUCAUGUGAACAGGAUGUAAACAUUUCAUCCUCUUAAUACACUCUCAUUAACACAUCUUGUCACCUACAUACCCAAAGAGUCAUGUGCAAAUACCAAAUUAUGGACUCACUGGCUGUUUAAAACCUUCACACAGACCCUUCUUUACAACUGCGCUGAGUUCUGCUGUGGUCUCAUUGGUGUCGACCAGAGAGUACAAACCUGCUUUUCAAACCCUCUUUUAUGACUCCUCAUAACUCCUCUUCACAACAGGAGAGACAGAGGGGGUUAAGUUUAACAGCCCAAUGGCUUUUUCAUGCGUACAGAUUUUUUUUUCCAUUACUGUUAGCUUGAUCCCUGUGCAGAAAUGCUCUUUGCAAGUGCUUGUGACAUCUGCUUGUUGUACACUGCCACCUGAAACUGCAAGUGUUUUUAUAACCACUGUUAAAUGCAGUCAGAGAAAAGGUGGCUGAUGCUAGGACUCGUUUGUCUUUAACAUGACCAGAAAAGCCGAAACACUUUGACGUUGUCUAGCAGCAAAGACUUCACUUGCUUCACUGGACUCGACUAAUCACUUUCACUCCCACUUUCUUUAACAGUGUUAUUUUAGAUGACAAAAAGCAGCAUAGUGGUGUUGUUGAGAUAGGUUCCUGCUGUGUUACAUUAUUUUUAUCUCUGACUUAUGGGUUGGAUUGAAAGAUGUUAAGUCAGAUGGAUUCAGCAACAUUUACCAGAGCUCAAUAUAAAGAAACAAGACCUGUGAACUUGUUCUUAUCUUAUCAUGACACUCCAUAGCACACAAUCGCGCAGUAUCAUAGCUGUCUGUAAUUUCUGUAACUGCUGUUGUUUUGAUUACAUUUGAAAUAAUAAACAAUGUUGUUAAA